UUUUAUGCCUCUACAAAUGUGUACAUGGUAUCGUGGAUACGAUUUGCUGAUGCUCAAGACUGUUUUUGUCUACAUGGCGAAAAUGAAAAAAAUGGUCAAAUUUUGCAUUAGUUUAUAGCAUUUAAUUUACUUGUCCUUCGCCACUUUACAAACUUAUAAAGAUUAUCGACAUCCUUGCACUUUUCUCCAUCAGCCCAUACCACGCAUUUUUAAGAUGCUCAAGAAACUUGGCAGCAAGAAAGGUAUUGUGGUGAUGGCUCUCGUCUUCCUGGCCUUUGUCUUCUAUUGCUAUCUUAUCCUCGAUGAUCACAAGUCAAUCAGGUUGCGCUCUGGACCAAAGAAAACAGGCAGGCAUGGUGUACCAAAAAUAAAGCUGAAACUUCGGAACCGUGGAUCUGCCGAUGAACUCACAACAGAGCCUGCUGUGCUGCAGUACAAUGGAAGAGAGAAUAUGAUUGAUCAAGGCCAAUCCAUCACCGCCAACCCCAGGCGACAAAAAGAUCCAAUUGUAAUAGAUGUGGAUAUUUAUGGAGGUGACCCCCCUAUUCCAAUCCUCUUGACGGCUGACCAUGAAAGAAUAGGUGGAAUGAUCACUGCUAUCAAUAGCAUCAGACUCAAUACUAAACACGUUGUACAUUUCUAUCUUCUGGUGGACGAGGAAUCAUUGGAUCACGUCAGGACAUGGAUUAAAAGCACUGACCUUAAAAGUAUCACGUACAAGAUCAAAGUAUUCGAUGCCAGCACAAUAGCAUCAUUGAUAGUCAUGCACGGAACACGCCAAGACCUGGAGUCUCCACUCAACUUUGCACGAUUCUUUGUCUUGGACUACUUCCCUGAACUGACAAGUAGAUUUGUAUACAUUGAUACUGACACAAUAGUCCAAGGAGAUAUCUGGACCCUAUAUAACACACCCAUCCAGCAGGGCUAUUACGGAGCAUUUUCUGACGAUUGUAGCUCGGUCUCAAAAAGAUUUAGUAUGCAUUUGAAUUAUUAUGCAAGUUACUUGAACUUUAAUAACCCGUUCGUACGCAACCUGCGUAUGAACGCCAAGCAGUGCUCCUUUGACAUUGGUGUGUUUGUGGCAGAUGCAGAACGAUGGGCAACACACAACGUGUCUGCUCAGGUCAAAUACUGGCUCAACAUGAAUAAACAAGAGGUAGUCUUUGGUAGGAGCAAAGGUGUAGGCCCCGUCAAACCUCCAGCUCUGAUUGUUUUCUACAAGAAGAUAACUGCUCUCAAUCCAUUAUGGAAUGUCAGAAAUUUAGGUCAAACCACUGGAACUUUAUACUCAGACUCGUUCGUGAGGUCGGCCAAGUUAAUUCACUGGAAUGGCAUCUACAAACCCUGGAAACGCCUCUCGCAGUUCCAAGAUAUUUGGGAUCAGUAUUAUAUCCAGGAUCCCACUGAUAAAUUCCUUGUUGUGCGUAAGGCCGGGAACAUUUAACUUUUGUAGUUCUUUUCCUUUAAACAUGUUCUGCCAGUAUUAUGUUAUAGGCUGUAGCCGUAUUAAACGGGGAGAGUUUGAAAUAUAAGUAUAAUCUCAUUCGGUUGGAUUUACAUUGAGUUGACAUUGUCACUUGUGACCUAUUCCCUGAACAAACAUGUUUGUGACAAGUAGCAAUGUCAAUUCUAUGUAAACUCAGCCUAAUUCUAUGUAAACUCUACUGCUUCAAGUAGGAUGGAACAGAUACGCCAACCUCUCCACUGUACAGUUGAGAAGGUUGCAAUGGACAGGAGUAAGGAGAGUGUGAAGACGACCAAUGCUCAACUUGUAGUAACAGGUUUUAAGUCAAGUCCCGUUAUAACAAACCUUGUUAGCAGACGUACAUUUGCCCUUUGUUAAAAUGUAAUGUUCAACCUCAGUUAUGUUUUAGUCUCAAUAAUAAUGCCAUGACAAUUCAACAGAGGCUCAGAGCAUACAAAGAUGUCAACCUAGUCAAAACUAUUAGCUCAAAAUUUGCUCGUAGAUUUGUCGUUUGAUUUAUUGUGCCAAAUUUUCUAAUUCUUAUUGAAUUAGUGAACAGAUAAAAGUGCUUUUGUAUACAAAUUUCCCCUUGCAUAAUCAGGUCUUCAACUACAAGUGACUAUUUAGAAACCAAACUGUGCACAAAAGGCCAUUCAGUUAGUGUGUAGAUGGAAACCAGAACUUCAAGAAGGGAUAUCUCUCUUGGUGAAGUUGAACUAAUUAUAGCCUGCUUACGAGAGAUUGGGGCAGAUUGCAUUUUGCAUACAUGUACAGUGUAUCAUCUAUUCUUUGUGACUUCCGACAUUUGGAAGAAACAUAUCGUGAAUAGUAAAUUUAGUCAUAGAUGACCUCCACAAUCAUAAAUGGUGCUUAUGAUCACAUCAUUCCACAGGAAUGUGCAUCAAAUUUUUUUAUUGUAUAAACCACUUGUGAAACUUCACCUCAAAAUCAUGUUGAUUGUUGAUUGUUUCAUUGCGUUGGCUUAAUUUUAGUUAAAGCUUACCUUUGAAUCUUUGCAAAAAAGACAGUAUUGAGAAAGGUAUUGAUUACAACAAGAUCUUUAUUCUUCAAACCCCACCAAUGAUAUUGUAUAUGUUUAUUUGCAUAAUUUUCUAUUAACACGUGUAUCAUAAUAAUUUUGUUUGAUAAGUUGAUAAUUUUUCUUGGUAUGUUGGUGGAUUAAAGAGAGACAAUGUACCGCUGUACUGCUCUACUGUAAUCAUACAUGCAUCCCUUUAGUUUUUCUUGCCAGUUUCUCUUAGUUUGUGUGAUAAUAAUACGGGGUACUUUUAUUUGCCAUAUUGAGUGAGAUUUUGUUAUGUUUGAAGAAGGGUUUUGUCUCAUGAAUUCAGCAGUUGUUUGCUUGGGAUUACUCAUUAAAGGUCUACUUUAUUCCUUCAAAUAUUUGAAAAUUGAACUUGAAUUUGAAAGUUCCAUUGUGUAUCAUUCAUAAGGUCAUAGCAUUCAGUCAUAUCAUUAUAUUUUCUUUCAUGAAAAUGCAUUGUCUAAGUUAAGAUGAUGUAAUAUUUUUCUUUGCAUGAGUUUUGUAUGAACAAUUUUAUAAAUAAAAGCAUUUUAUCUUAUAU